CCGUGGAAAGAAUAUUUAUGAAAAUGAAUAUUCUUCCUCUUGCGAGUGAAUUUCUGCUCUCGUUAUAGCCUUUCGUUGUGGAUAACGAGAUAUUUAAGAAAAAUUAUUAUAUACACAACAGACACAAGAUAAAGAUUAACUCCACGUGCCUCUAGGUAUCAGGAAGAGAUGUACCACAGAGAAGUUGGUUCUUCAGAAUUUUCCAUCUGCCAUCAAAAGUUUAAUUCAUUAUAUAAACAUAUUUAAGCCAGCACAAAAAGUUCAUCUCUCUUGUCCAAGAAAGAAUUUGCCGCCAUAAAGAAGUGAACAAUGUUUGCGCCUUAUGAGUUCCAUGAUGACCUGCAUCCAACAUGUUUACUGCAAACUCUUUUUGAGUUGCGGAAGAAUGAUUGUUUAUGUGACAUAACAAUUGUGGUGAACGAAGAUGAGAUUAGAGCACAUAAACUUGUGUUAGCAUCUGCAUCUCCGUAUUUCAGGGCAAUGUUCACUUCUGGGUUGAAUGAAACAACACAGGAUCGAAUUGUAAUGCAAGGAAUGGAAUUCUCUGCUUUGAGAGACAUCAUUCACUUUUUCUACACAGGCAAUAUUGAAGUGACAGAAGAAAAUGUGUAUUUGGUGAUGGAAAUAGCAGACAUUUUGCAAGUGUCGGCCAUACAAGCGGCAUGUUCACUUUACUUAUUGUCAGCAUUGAACACAAGUAAUUGCUUGUCAGUAUAUGUGCAUGCCAGUUUACGCAAUUAUAAUGACACAGCACACAAAGCAUUUCGUUACAUACUUCAGAACUUCAAGUCUGUUAUGGAGGAGGAGGAGUUUCUUCAUGUGCCACCAGAGACUCUCAUAAAAGUUCUCAGUUCACAGUUUCUCAAUGUCUGUCAUGAAGGCCAACUUUUGAAGGGAGUAGUGCGGUGGUGGAAACAUGAUUGUUCAGAAAGAUUUCGGUAUUUGAAACCCUUGGUUUCAAAAAUAAAUCUUGAAGAAGUGCCAGUGGAUGUAUUAUACAGUUUUAAACAAGAUCCCCUCUUAGCUGAUACAGAGUUUGUGUCACAAAUAAACAAAACUGUAAAUCUAAUUUUAGAAGAGAGAUAUGAGAAACAAGACAUGAAGUCACUUUGGGAACUCUAUCAUAAGAAGUCACGUUUUAGAGGGAGAUACAGCAUGGAGCAAGAGGUAAUAUUGGCUAUUGGUGGCGAAUCAUCUGGAAUGGCUCUUGGCAAUGUGGAGUGCUUUACUUUAGGUUACGAAAGCUGGAAGUGCAUUGCACCAACAGCUGUGUAUGAAGGCGAGCCUUGUGACGAGGCACGGGUCAUUCCAACUAUGCAUCAUGCUCGUUUUUAUGCUGCAGUAACUGCCAGAGAUUAUGAAGUAUUCGUUAUUGGUGGGACAAACUCUUCAACAGUUCUAGAUGUAGUGGAGUAUUAUAGUAUCCAGUCCAAUGUGUGGUGUGACCUGGCACCUCUGCCUCUGGCUGUGGAGGGUGCUGGAGCAGCUUUCCUAGACCACAAGCUUUAUGUGGUGGGAGGCAGGGGCAGAAAUGGAUAUGAGAAUGGAGUAUGGGUUUAUGAGGAACAUCAAAAUGAAUGGCAUGUAGCACCUUCAAUGAAUACAUGCAGAGGACAUCAUGGCGUUGUGGCUGUUGGUGGUGCAAUUUAUGCCAUUGGAGGAUCUGGUGGUGAAAGAGAUAGUACAGAUACAUAUUUAAAAUGUAUGGAAAAAUAUGAUCAGGGAAGAAGUCGUUGGUACACCAUGGCACCAAUGCAUGAAACAAGAGCUUCAUUUGGUUGUGCAGCAGUGGGCAAAUUUAUCUAUGUCAUGGGAGGAUAUGAUGGUACAUUUUGGCUGAAAUCAGUAGAAAGGUACAACACCCUGACAAAUGAAUGGAAUUACAUGACCUCAAUGAGCGUACCUCGAAGUCACUUCAGCACCACUGUGUGUAAUAAUCGCAUAUACUGUCUGGGUGGACAUGACAGCAUACAUUACCUUAAUACUGUGGAGAAGUUUAAUCCAAAUGCCAACAGAUGGCACUGUGUGCAUGCAAUGCAAGUGAGAAGAUUUGGAGUGGGUGCUGCCACCCUAUUUGUACCUCUUUAUAAACAAACUUAACAAUGAGGUUGGUGUUUUUCACAGACAAGUUUGCUGACAUUAUAUUUACUGACUAUUGCACAGUCACUAGGUGACUGUGGAAAAAUAGUCAAAGGUGCUUAGAACACUGCCUGUAUUUUGAUUUCCCUGUAUGUGUAUUAUUGUGGCUGAAAGAAAGUAUGGGCAAAGCCUUUUCCAUUUGCCCUUGUAUUACUCUCUGUUUGAAGUGUAGGAUUGUUGAGGGGUUGAAACAGAGUGGGAUGCACAACAGAUCACAAUGGUCACAGUGCGAGGAUCGGUCAAGGCCUACCCCUUAUUUAUUUAUUUAUUCAUUCAUUCAGAUGCAAGUUCUGAGAACAAGAUAGAUGCACAAUUUGGUUAUCAUCCCACCUGACUACUGCAGCAUAGUGACAAGGAACUCAAACUCCAGGCAAACUGACCAAAGAAAAAUGAAAGUCUAAAGUAACAAACAUAUCUAAUAAAUAACAAAAUAAUAAUUAAAAACAAAGACCUUUCAAGAGUGUGCCUAAACAUAAAUAUAAAAAAUAAUAAAUAGAAAACACAAAAAGGAGUACAACCAACCCCAAAAUACUGUGUAUAAUAAUUACAACUUAGCAAUGAUAAUGUCAAGGAAAAUGUAAUGAAUUAAUCAUUCUAAUAAACAUUUGGAGAAUCAUGAGCAGUGAUGAAUGAUCCAGUAUGGCAAAUACAGAGGGGUCCAAAAAAUGUACUCACUCUUUGAUAGUCAAUAUCUUUUGAACAAAAUGACAUGUAGUUACAAUU